AUGGCCAUUAUAGUGCGAAGGCUUCAUUUAUGGAGACUGAACCAAUUGCCUUACCUGUACCGGGGUUCUGUGCAGGCUUCAUCACCAAUCAAAGAUGAGGGUUGUCUUACUAAAGGUUCGCACGUCUUAGGCAUUCCCUACUCAUUCCAUUGUACCACAAACCAAGCGACACCCAUUUCCAGCUCGACGUCAGUACCCGAAGCGUGCCAGCAGACGCCAUCGAACAAUCCCAUGACGCAGCAUACUAUCAUACCUGACGAGACUUAUCCCCAUACUCCAAGGUUCGAGCCUUGCUUUUCCCAUCCGGAGCACCCUGUAUUCGGGCCGCAGAUUCUCUCAAAGCCUCUUUUUAACCUGGAACCCCUUUUUGGUACGGACGCAUCAUUAAAUAGGUCGUCUAGUGGAGAUCAACGACCAUACAAGGGGCUUGAUGUCUCUGUUCAUCAGGACCUGAAGCACCUUAACGGCAAGAAGCAGCCCAUACUCUCCAGGUCAAGUGGAGCGACGCUGGGCUCUAUCGUCAAGCCGUCGGGUGUCAAAUGCGACGAACAUGGAUACACAAAGCAUUUCACCACCCCAAAGCACCUCACACGUCAUAAAGAAAGCCACUUGGAGAAGGAACCAUAUGCCUGUUGGAUUCCUGAGUGCCACUGCACCUUCUCACACAGUGACAAUCUUCGAGUCCAUUACAAGCGACUACACGCCAAACGAGAGAGCUUCGGACGCCCUUUUCCCCACGUCGGUGAAACAAACCCAGAUCACAACCCGAAGCUGUUCCACAAUGAGAGCCUACCGCAUGUCAACGGCAAUAGCCAUCACCGAUACUCUUCUUUCCAGGUCGGCUCGGGAGACAAUCCUUCCUAUGCCCCAGGCGUCUCGGACUCAUCUAUAGCCAGUGUUGCCCCUCAAUCUACACCUGUCAAUGUCCUCAGCGGCACUACAACAGAUAGUUGCUCGUAUCCUUCGAAAAACACGACAUUUCGACGUCCAGCCCCUGUAACCAUGUCACUGGUCCAUCAUUCGACCCAAGCCAUGCACCAGACUCAGAAAAAAGCGACCGCGCUCCCCAAGGAUGCUCACCAGAACAAACCGCAUGUUUGUGGUACAUGUUACAGCGCUUUUUCCUACCCGUCCCACCUGCGCAUCCACUCCCGUUCCCACACUGAUGUAAAGCCUUUCCGAUGCUCUUAUGUUGGAUGUGGCAAAUCUUUCUCUGUCCGCAGCAAUGCGAACCGCCACACUGCCAAUUGUGAGACCAUUCGCCAGCAUACGGAUCCUGAUCUAGUGUUUAAGGCAUCUCCGAUGGUGACUUGUGAUGAUAAAUCCCCAGCUCCCAACACAUAUCCACAUGCUGGAUAUUGGGAGCCUGAGUCAGAAGCCAUGUCGUUGGCUUAG